UUGGCUCGUAUCUGGGAAAAUCAUAAGCUGAAUAGCAGGGGAAGAGGAAGCACUGCUUUCACUUCAGUGGAGCCUCAGCCUCUCCCUGUGAGCCAAGUGUCCUUCUGAGAAAAGCAAAGACUAAGCCAAGACUUCUGUCUUUAACGAGGCAGCUACUUCAGCUGUAUUGAUGUUUUGAUUGAUCCCUUGCUCCUGAUUGUUCAAAGCGGACCCCAAAGGAGAAGGCAGAGCAAAGAAGGUCCCACCAAGCAGUCGAAAAGGCCCAGAAGCAAACCUGGAGGUGAGACCUGAGGAAAGCUGGAGCCAUGCUGACCUUGUGCGCUGUGAAGCAGACUCCGUUGCUGGAAAGCCCGCCGUCAGUGCAGAGGAGGAAGGCGGGGAUCCCCAGAUCUGCCGUGUGUGUGGGGACAAGGCCACUGGUUAUCACUUCAAUGUCAUGACAUGCGAAGGAUGCAAGGGCUUUUUCAGGAGGGCCAUGAAACGCAAUGCCAAUGCCGGGCUGAGGUGCCCCUUCCGGAAGGGCGCCUGUGAAAUCACCCGUAAGACCCGGCGACAGUGCCAGGCCUGCCGCCUGCGCAAGUGCCUGGAGAGUGGCAUGAAGAAGGAGAUGAUCAUGUCCGAUGCAGCCGUGGAGCAGAGGCGGGCCUUGAUCAAGAGGAAGAAGAGAGAACAGAUUGGGACUCGGCCACUAGGAAUGCAGGGGCUGACUGAAGAGCAGCGGAUGAUGAUCAGGGAGCUGAUGGAUGCUCAGAUGAAGACCUUUGACACCACCUUCUCCCAUUUCAAGAACUUCCGGCUUCCUGAGGUGCUUAGCAGUGGCCAUGAGAUUCCAGAGUCUCUGCAGGCCCCAUCAGCGGAAGAAGCCGCCAAGUUGAGCCAGAUCAGAAAACAUAUGUGCUCUGUGAAGGUCUCUCUGCAGCUGCGGGGGGAGGACGGCAGCGUCUGGAACUAUAAACCUGCGGCUGACAGCAGCGGCAAAGAGAUCUUCUCUCUGCUGCCCCACAUGGCUGACAUGUCAACCUACAUGUUCAAAGGCAUCAUCGACUUUGCCAAAGUCAUCUCCUACUUCAGGGACUUGCCCAUUGAGGACCAGAUCUCCCUGCUGAAGGGCGCCACUUUCGAGCUGCACCAACUGAGGUUCAACACAGUGUUCAACGCGGAGACGGGGACCUGGGAGUGUGGUCGGCUGUCCUACUGCUUGGAAGACCCUGAAGGUAGCUUCCAGCAACUUCUCCUGGAGCCCAUGCUGAAAUUCCACUACAUGCUGAAGAAGCUGCAGCUGCAUGAGGAGGAGUAUGUGCUGAUGCAGGCCAUCUCCCUUUUCUCCCCAGACCGCCCAGGUGUGGUGCAGCGCAGCGUGGUAGACCAGCUGCAGGAGCGAUUCACCAUUACCCUGAAGGCCUACAUCGAGUGCUGUCGGCCCCAGCCCGCCCACCGGUUCCUGUUCCUGAAGAUCAUGGCUAUGCUCACCGAGCUCCGCAGCAUCAACGCCCAGCACACCCAGCGGCUGCUGCGCAUCCAGGACAUACACCCCUUUGCCACCCCCCUCAUGCAAGAGUUGUUCAGCAUGACAGAUGGCUGAGCACUGCCCUUGGGUGGAGCCUCCGUGGGCAGCCAGACCUAGAGCCCUCUGAGCUGCCACUCCUGGGCCUAGAUAGAUGGACGCCGCUGAUAGCGGACAAUGCCCUGCUGAGCCCACCUCCCCAGGGAACUC